GUUCCGUUUUGUGUUGAUUGACCGCCAAUAUUUUCAAAAUGAUGUUAAUAUAACAAUACGCCGAGAAAGAUAAGUAAUUGUGUGAAUUAAAGAUAAUUGUUAUGGUAUUCAAUUAGAAGUUUAUUGGUAUGAGUUUUUUACUUUCUUCAGAAUAAAUACUCAUUAUGACUGCCGUUAUAAGCAAUAAUUCUAAUAUUAGUUGUAGCUGUUCAAUUGAGUGGCUAUCUGCUGGUGGAACAAUUAAUAAAUCUGUUAAAGUGAAAACUUGUUCAUUACAAAUAGUUAGAAAUGAAUUUCGGGAUCUAUUCAUGUAUGUGCAAUCAAAGGAAGUAAAUCAGAAAUUGUUACUUAAAGAUGUAGUUAUUCACAAGAAAUUUGCUAAUGAAGGGAAAGCAACAAUAAUGUUUCCAUUAUCUAAAAUAAAUUUACUAAUUAACAAUGCCCCACCCGCUUUAUUAAUUUCAUUCCUAAAAAUACUUUUUAUUAAGUUGUGUAGUGCUAAAAGUUCACCGAAAGCUAGUGUUAGGGAAAAGCUUUUAUCUACUAAAGAUAGGUGUGUUCAAGAGAUUAGCCCCGUUAAUGCUAAAGAUGUCAAUCGUAUUAAGGCUGUGGACAGUAACUCUAACUUGAAGAGACCAAACCAAAGUGUUGAUGUGGAUCUUGAAGCGAAAAGGCAUUGUUCUGAAGCGAAUGCCCCCUCUAUUACUGAUGAGCAAAAACGAGUUUUGCAUGAAGUGCAAAAAGGCUGCAAUGUGUUUUUCACAGGUAGUGCUGGUACUGGUAAAUCAUAUUUACUUCAAUCAAUAAUAAACGUCCUUCCUCCAGAAAUGACAGUUGCUACUGCAAGUACCGGUUCAGCUGCUUGUCUUAUAGGGGGAGUAACUCUCCAUUCAUUUGCAGGUAUUGGAGAUGGUGAAGGCAGUUUAGCCAAGUGUUUACAGCUAGCGAAAAGGCCCAACGUGCAACAAAACUGGAGAAAUUGUAAACAUCUUAUAAUUGAUGAGAUUUCCAUGAUUGAUUCUGAAUUAUUUGAGAAAAUCGAGUGGGUCGCAAGACAGAUUAGAGGAAAUGACAAACCAUUUGGUGGUAUUCAAGUUAUUGUUUGCGGCGACUUUUUACAAUUACCUCCCGUUAAAAAUUCUAAAAAAAGGUUUUGCUUCAUGAGUGAAAGUUGGGACAAAUGCAAUUUCACUACAUUCGUUCUUAAGCAAGUUCAUCGACAGAAUGAUUCUCAGUUUAUUUCAAUUCUUAAUAAAAUGAGACUUGGAGAAGUCAAUCCUGAGCUCACUAAAAUUCUUCAAGAUACUGCAACUCAAAAUAUUGAAGGUGGAGGUAUUCUAGCAACUAGGCUAUGUUGUUAUACAAAAGAAGCUAAAGAAAUAAAUGAUUCAAAACUUAAAAGUCUUCCCGGUAAUGUAAAAGUCUUUGAAGCCACUGACAGUCCUGAAGGGGUGACAAAACUCCUAGACGAUUGUAUGGCAGUGGAGAAACAGAUUUUCUUGAAAGAAGGAGCGCAGGUUAUGCUAUUGAAAAAUAUAAAUGUAUCUAAUGGUCUUGUUAACGGAGCAAGAGGAGUUGUGCAGAAAUUCGUUAAUGGCACUCCAGUUGUUAAAUUUCUAUCUGGAAUUAGUUAUAAUGUAAAAGAGGAGAAAUGGGUCACGAAAACACCACAAGGAAUGUUAUUGACAAGAAAACAACUCCCAUUAAAGCUUGCGUGGGCAUUUUCUAUUCACAAAUCUCAGGGUCUAACAUUGGAUUGUGUAGAAAUAUGUUUAAAUAACACUUUUGAAGCUGGGCAGGCCUAUGUGGCAUUGUCUAGAGCUAAAAAUUUAAAACGUCUGCGUGUUAUCGGCUUUCAUCCUAAACAGGUUUGGGCCAAUCCCGAUGUAUUGAAGUUCUAUAAACGUAUUUCAUUGUAUCAAAAUGAGUUUAUACCAUUAGGGAAAAAAAAAUUGUCCCUACCAGUUCAAAGUAAACUGAAUCCAAGUAAAGGAUCAAUAAUACAGAGGAAUAUAUUAUUAAAAUCUAGGAAAUAAAUUUCUGUAUCUCUGCGAUAAAUUAUAUAGAAAAUUCUACAGUAUUACAUCUGACAUUGUUAUUUAUGUUAGAAUUAUUACUGUAACUAGACAUCAAUUCGCAUCAAUAAAAGACAUGCUGCAAAAAAUUGACUAUUUUCA